AUGGACAAGUACAAGUCGGCAGGCGGCCACGUGUCCUACCUCAACAAUCUGGCUGACAAGACGAUUGGCUGCUAUCUGGUGGGCGGCUCCAAAGACAAGCCGAGCACACCAUCAGUGCUUGGGGCGGGCUUGGUGCUCAGUGACAUGGCAAUUGGAUCCGGUUUUACUAAUUCUUUGGUGGUGCAGGCAUCGGUUUCCAUUGAGGACACCAUUGAGAUCCUGAUCAUUGGCAAGAUGAAGGGGCUGCACCACCGUGCAAAAUUUACCCUGCCUGAGCCUACCAAGACACUCGCCAUCAAGGACUACCCCUUGACCAUGUUUGAUAAAGUACACUCUGGGAAAGGUUUUCACCCGUAA